GCGCUGUGGAGACGGGCCCUUCGCGGUGCAGGACCAUCCGUCCCGACGGGGCAGCUUGACCCUCCCCGUUUCCAAUCGCUGGACGAUUUGAUGUGUGGAGGUAGUUAUUUGCAGCGUGCCUCAACCAGACCUCCAUCCCGCUCCCAAUGCCUGCCAGGUAUUCUGCGGUUUCUGGGCCCCUCGGCUGCAGCGGCAAGAACCCAGCCCCGAAAGUCCGCUCACCGCAACAUGCCCUGUCAUGUGUGCAAAAUUCGCAGAUGUCCAGACUCGGCCGAUUGCCGCCUCGCCCAAGUCGCCGUCCUAUCAAAACCUUCCGUCACGCUGCAGCCACAAGGGGCAACGGAGGCAUCUUCUGCCGUGCCCUGCAUGGGCAACUCAUCGUCCCCGGUCGGUCGGCGACGAUGCUCAAAAAAAAAAGAGAGGCUGUCUUCGGUUUCGCCUUUGGCAUACGUCAGACGCCGAGGCAGCGUCGGGAAUGUUCUCCUCACCGUCGGGCUCAAAGAACGCAUUUGUGGCUUGACAAGCGCCCGCGUUAGUCAGGCACAUCGAGAGGGGAGAGACACGAGCCGUCACCGACAAAUCGAAGAUUGCGAAGUUCAGCAUGCACAUCAGAGUGUCACACCAGAAGACCAGGCACUACCCGCCAAUCAGCGAGCCUACCGAGCGCCAUAACGAGGCCACCCUUUUCCUUUGGUUCUGCUGAUGGAAAGUCCCCCAUCACCCGGACAUGACGAUAACUAUCCCGAUGGCUUCCCGGCGAAUCGGUUCCACUGUCAGGAACAGGCAUCAGAUACAUACAUACACAUACAUACUGUGUACAGAGGCUCAGGGUCUCGGCUCGACGGCUUUUUAUUUUAUUUUUUUACCUCGAUACCUC